AUGGUUAUAUUCAGUUUUAUCAAAUCAGCUAUAGAAAUUUUAUCAAUAGAAAUAAUUGAAGAUAUAUAAAUAAUUAAAUAAAUAUUAGUGUAUGAAAUCUAAAAUCUUUAAUAAUAAAAAUAUGAAAAAAACCAGCGAUUAAAACUAAUAAAAAAAAUGAAUAAAGCCAUUACAUACGAAGAAUGGUUUAAUUAUUCUAAAUAACUAGAUAAUUUAUAAGGAACUAUUUUAUGGAAAAAAGAUCCUACUUCCCCUUAUUAUAAUUAUGAGUAUAUUUAACAUUUAAGGGACGAAUUAAAAUUGGCAUUAAAAAAUAAAGAUAGUGCUAAAAUUAUACAUAAUUUGCGUUCUCAUCCGUAUAGAAACAUAGGAAAUAUAUUAAACCCUACUCUAUAUUAAACUAGUUAUAUAGGAACCAAAAAUUUAAUAGAGGAAUAUUAAUAAAUAUUAGACUAAUGUAUUUAAUUUAUAGCUGAAAAUACAAAAUUAUCAACUCGAAGAAAACUGGAAUUUUUUAUAGAAACACGUCAUGCAUUAGGCAGAACAGCCCUUUUAUUAAGCGGUGGUGGUAAAAUGGCUAUGUAUCAUAUUGGAGUGGUAAAAACAUUAUACGAAUAAGGUUUAUUUCCAACAAUAAUAAGCGGUAGUUCAGCUGGUAGUAUAAUAGCUUCAUUUAUAUGUUGUAAAAGAUACGAUUAAAUUCCUAAUUUAUACAAUGGAAACGGUUAGGGAAUAAUUUGGGACGCUUUCUAUAUAAAAGACCCUCGAGGGUAAUUAGCUAGAAAAUUAAAGAGGUUUUUCGAACAAGGAGUUUUAUUAGAUGUUAAUGUACUUUAUAGCUUUGUACAUGAUAAUUUAGGAGAUUUGACUUUUUAGGAAGCUUAUGAUAAAACUGGAUUUAUUUUAAAUAUUACAGUAACAUCAUAAGGGGCAAAUAAUUAAGAUAGAAUUUUAAAUUUUUUAAGUGCGCCGAAUGUACUUAUAGCAAGUGCAGUUUGUUGUUCUUGUGGAAUUCCGUAUAUUUAUGGACCAAGUGAUCUUUUAUGUAAGAAUGAAAAAGGGUAAAUAGAAAAAUAUCUAUAUUAAGGAAAUAAGUUCUUAGAUGGAAGUAUUGCAAUGGAUUUACCAAUGAAUAGACUAGCGGAAUUUUUUAAUGUAAAUACGUUUAUUGUAAGUUAAACUAAUCCUUUUGUUGUACCUUUUAUUAAAAAGGGAGAAAAAAAAAAUUUUAUUAUAAGAAAUUUAGUUAAUUUAUAAAGUUUUAUAUCAUCAGAAGUAAAACAUAGAUGUAGAUAGUUAAUUGAUUUACAUUUAUUACCAUGUAGUUUGGGUAAAUUAUUAAAUAUAGUUACUUAAAGUUAUCAUGGAAGUAUUGCUAUAUAUCCAGUACCUAAAUGGUAAGAUUAUGCAAAUUUAUUAGAUGUUCCGAGAAGUGAUUAGGAUUUAGAACAUUUUAUUAUUGGAGGUGCUAGAAAAAGUUUUGAAUUGACUAAUUAUAUUAGGGCUUAUAUGCUUUAUGAAUAAAGUUUAGAAAGGGGAUAUGCGAAAGUUAAGAAAAGUAUUUAAUAAAAGAAAUAUAUUUAUAGUGGUAUUAAUAAUAAUGAUGAUUUCGAAGAUAAUUUUGGGAAUGAAAGCGUUUUUGUGGAAAAUUAUGAGGAAGAAGAUGAAUUGAGGAAUGCGAUUUUGUCAGAAAGUAGUAAUCUAUAUAAUUUAUAUAGUUAGUAGAAGAAAAUUAGAACUGUUUCAUUUUUUAUUCCUAGAACGAAAUCGAAAGAAUUGAUUUAUUAGUUAAAUUAAAAAUAUAGGCCUAAAAAGCUUAAAAAAUAGACAUUAGAUGUUAUGUGA